AUGGAUCAAGAUCAAGAACAGAGGCAUCUGUGCAAGCUCUGCAAUAAGAGUUUUCUGAGUGGCAGAGUCUUGGGAGGUCACAUGAGGUGCCAUAUGAGCAAGAAUCCAUCCAAAAGACUGAAAAAGGUGAUUAAAAACAACAUGGAUCUUGAAGGCGAUGACCAUGCUGGUUAUGGCCUAAGAGAAAACCCUAAGAAGUCUUGGAAGUCUUCACGCUCAGACAAGGGUACUUCAGGGCAAGAAAUUGUAUGUAAAAUGUGUGGCAAAGAGUUUGAGUCACUGAGAGCUUUGUUUGGUCACAUGAGGCAUCACUCAGGAAGACAAAGAAGUAGAAUUCACUGUAAAGAAUGCGGCGAAGGGUUUGCGUCACUGAGAGCACUCACCACCCACAAGAAGAGCCACUCUGAAAGAUUUGAGGCAUGCGUUGAAUCACGGACUAGUUCAAGCCAGCAGAUGGAACUAGACAACCAAUCGAACAGUGAAAACCUGGGGCUGGUGCGGAGAAAGAGAUCAAACAGAAUGAGGUACAAGAUUUGUCCAAACUCUUCGUUUUCUAGUUUAAAUGUAUCUUUUUCCUCGAAGGAAAUUGAGCCAGAAGUGGCUGAGGUAGCUAUGUGCUUGGUGAUGCUGUCUAGAGGUGUAACCAAUUGGGAUGUAUUUUGCUCAGUUACUGAGUCUUCCGAUAAUGAUUCUGUGGCUUUUGAGGUCAAGUCAUCUGGACAAACUAAGCGAAUUUCCAAUGAUGAUAAGGGUGGGAUUUUUGUUCCUUGCGAAGUUGAUGAUUCUUUCAAGACGAAGAAACAAAGGGUGGACGAUUGCGAUUCUUAUGCUUCACAUUCUAAGGUUGUCUUAGCUGAGAAAAGAGUCUCCGAAUUUUGUGAAAAUGACUCUGUGUUUGGAAGUGCUGAGGAAAAGAAGCUUGGACUGGAAGUUCCUGCUGAAUACAAGAUGCCUAAACUGGAUGACGUGUCCGGAGGUGAAAUAGAAAAGGAUAAUCAUAAUGAGAUGAAGAUCAAACCCACUGAAGUAGAAUGGGAUGAAGCUUUCCCAGAAGGUGAUGGAUUGGAUCCAGCUGAUUCGGGAUUUAUGAAGCCCGGUUUAAGCAAUAAAACAAGGAUUGAUGCUUGUGAUGCUCUGUUGAGGGGAAACUCUUGCAAGAUGUCUACUUCUGACGCUGAAAUCCUAAAUAAUUCUUGGAAGAAAACUCAAUAUAAGUGCAAGACCUGCAACAAGAACUUCCACUCUCAUCAGGCACUUGGAGGCCACCAGUCGAUACACAGACAUAAAAAUUCCUCUGAAUUGAAAAUUCAGAACUGUGGAAAAAGCAGCCGGGGUGACACCGUUACUGAAACUGAGGGUAGCUGCAAGCUUAUCAAUAUUGAAUACAAGGAGAAUUUGGUGGAACAGGAGAGGAGUGGAGGGUCUCUGGCAAGUUAUGAGUUCAGGGAGACCAAGGAACACAAGUGCGAUCUCUGCUUUAAGGUUUUUGCAUCAGGCCAAGCUUUGGGUGGUCACAAGAGGGCUCAUUCGUUUAAAAACUCUGAGACCACAGCUGAAGAGACUGUGGUAAUUAAGCAACAAAUUUCUACUAUCUGUGAUUUAGUUGACCUUAAUAUCCCAAUCAUUCUUGAAGAAGAGACCAACGCUGAUGUAGGAAUCAAGUCAUGGUGGGUUGGAAAUGAUCAGAAGCAUGAACUGACAGUGGGUCUACUCCCUAGUUGA